UCUCUCUCUCACACACACACACACACACACACACCUCACGUUUCCUCGCUCGCUUUCCAACGUGCUGCUUUGACGCCCAGAUGUCUCUCCUGUGCCGGCUCCUUACACACAGUUGCAUAUUAAUAAACUUAAGCCUGAACUGGAUGAACGAGACAUACAUGUCGUUUCAUCUCUGUCACACGCUGAUUCUCCUUUACGCAACAUGUUGUGACACAUACAUCCUUUUCCUCCAGCCUUUGAGCAUUGAAAGGACAUUACGCACCGCCAAACCGAUGCUGUUUAGGGCCACCGUGUCUUUACACGUCCACACUGCGUCGUUUAUUUUUGAUCGGAGCUUGCAAUGAACGGUUCGCUGUGGACGGGAACGUGACGGGAUGUUGAAGACAAGUGGACUAUGAAUGUGAACAACAAGAAAGCCAAAGGGGGUGAACGGCUUUGAAAUCUAAAUGCGUACUGGGAAAUGUCCAUUUAUUAUGAUGAGUGGUCUCUAAUACUGACACGUCAAGUGAGUGUGUGUGUGUGUGAGUGUGUGAGAGAGAGAGAGAGAGAGAGUGGCGGGCGCGCGCGCGCGUGUAACCAUCGCCUGUAGUCUGUAGAUCUGUGUUACUGCGCCAGGAUGGAGAUGACGCAAAUGACCCAGCUCCCCAAAAAGUGUUUCAAGACGAACAUGGCGGCAACUUAACACAGGACCCAAGAUGAUGAUGAUGAUGAACAGCAGAGAAGAUCGAAGGCAAUCCUCCCAGAAAGGGAAAGAGCAGCUCGUUCAGCGUCUCUCCUUCCCUUGAGGAGAUACGGGGACACAGGCAGGAGCUUCGGGAACAGAGGAGGCAUGUUGUCACAUAGAAAGCGCUUUUUCUCCGGCGAGCCAUGCGGAAUAACGGAGAUAUGACCGCGCGCGGCUUCAUCUAGCCCAGAGAGUCGGAUACAGUUGCCGGGAGCGCUGUUGAACGGGAAGAAAACAUUUCAAAUCAAUGCAUUUUGUGGCAGAAGAGCCGUCGCGGUGGAGUCGGCCAGUGCUGCUCUCUCCUGAAAUAUGACCAGGGGUGCUUGGACGUGUCGGCAGCAAGAUGACGGUUUAAAAAUCUGCUUCGCACCCCGAGAGGACGAAAAGCCAUUAUUCACCGAUUCGGAAAGGGCCCAGAGAUGGCGACUGUCCUUAGCCUCUCUUUUGUUUAUCACCGUUUUGCUCUCUGAUCAUCUGUGGUUCUGCGCCGAGGCGAAACUGACGAGGACGCGAGACAAACGGCUGGAGCACACGAACCAUAUACUUUCAUCCAGCCAUCAGAGAGAGCAGAGUCUUAUUUUUAUAGGCAAUUCUACCAAAUCUCUGUGGAGACUUGAAACUUGUCAUCCUGACAGCCUCUCCAAAAACUGCUUGACUUUUGACGAGGCGGAAGCCGUGUGCUCGGGCCUCUCCGAGUGGAACCUGAGCGAUUUUUAUCUUUCCUUUUGUAACUCCUACUCGCUUUUGGAUUUGUUUUACGGGUUUACGAGUCCGGACAAUUUGACCUGUAGCCUGGACAUGGCUGAUGCGUCGGGAUGCAGCCAGUGCGUCCAGGCUUACCAACGCUACGACCGACGAGCUCAGGAGAAAUACCGAGAGUUUGAGCUUUUGGUUCAGAAAUAUGAAACGGAUGUAUAUUCGGUGCGGACGUGUAUGGAAGAGUGCACGACUGUCUACAAACACUGGCUCUGUGCCCAGUUCUUCCACACCACACAGAUGCACUGCAGCAACAGGAUCCCCUGCAGGAAGUACUGCCUGGAGGUCCAGCAGAGGUGUCCCUUCAUAUUGCCUGACAAUGAUGAGCUCAUCUACGGAGGAAGCCCCAGUUUUAUAUGCACAGGGCUCCAAGAGGACAACCCCUCAGAUGCAGACACAGAGUGCUGCGAUGUCCGAUGGGACAGCAGGGCAGACAACCGCUCCAAAGGCACUCUCAAAAGAACUCACCCGUCGUGUCAGCACGGGACAUCCCUGACCUCGUCAGCGGCCUCAAGACUGUGCAACAGCAGACUCAAACUCUGCCUGCUGGUCCUCGUCCUCCUUCAUACUGUUGCCACUCUCACAGCAUCCCACAAUCCCACAGGGUUCAACCUCACCUCCAGCUCCUCCAACGAGGAAUGACGGAAUAGCCGCUAAACACCGGCACGGUUACAGUGAUGUGACGGACCGUGGGUAACUUGCUGGGACCUGUGGGACAGAGACUGUGGAGAUGCAAUCAAAACAAACCAAGCAAAUUGACGAAGCUAAACAAACACUGAACGAAUCCAAUCAAGCAACAAGAACAAGGGACAACACUGUAGCCUUUGUUGAAAGAGGCUUCUAGGGGGCGGAGUUCUCUCGCACCAUGUUUUUUACACUGUGUCUAUGGUUUGAAUUUCUGUUGCACUAGAUGACUACAGGAUCUAAUCAGUCAUGUUUCUUUCUGUUUCAUUUGGGUCUUUGUGCAGGAAGGAUUGGCAAAUACGGAUGAGUUAAAUGUACAAUAUCCAAGAGAAUAUUCAAGACUGAGCGCGUGUGUAUGUGAGCGAAUGGAUGAGUGUGUGUGCAUGUGUGCAUGUGCUUGCAUCCAUAUGUCAACUUAGAUGUCCUUCUCGUUCGUUUCUCUCCGUAAUCACAAACUCUCUGAAUGCUGCUCUAUUCAUUACGAGGAUUUCUAUUGCAGUUUAUCCACUGACAAAUCUGCCUAGACAAAUACCAAGACACCCAACAAAAAGCCCAGGUUCCAACUCAGAUUCUCCCAUUAAGAUCCUGUAACCUUAUUAAGGUAGCCUGAUAUUUCUGUUGUCAGUAUGAUGUCAUUUCCUGUGAGGUCAGGUCAGUAGCUUUGGAGGUCUGGGUACAUCAGUGUCCCUUCUUUGCUUUAGUGCUCGACUGAAACGGUCUUUGUUGGGAUGUUAGACAUUAUCCAGACUUCUGUUUAUUCCCUCAAUUUGCGAAAUGACGUCCACAAAUCUGUUUUUAGCACCAUUAGUGUUUUAUAUAUUAUAUUAAGAUAUUAUAUUCUCUACCCUAUAUUCUGUAAAUGCAUGUUAGAAGCAGAGUUUAGACUAUGCUGCUAAAGUUUUAAAGAAAUAAACUCAAAUGAUCUGAAAGCAAGCUCUCACUCCGAGUACCAUCCAAAUUGCUAUUUGACAGCAUGAACCCAGCCAAUCAGAGCUUACGAGACAAAUUACCCCAAUCCCACAGAGAGGAUCCAUCGUUCUUUAUUACAGUAAAGGGCUUACCCAUCAUUCACACACAUUCAGACACUCCUGCAUGUAGAGAUUCACGUGGCAUGAAUAACUCAGUGAAACCUUAAGAUAGUCACAUCAACAGGAAAUUGAGGAGCUUGAUCAAGACGAAGGCCCAUCUCAGGUGGCUGGGCUGAGGAAUCUGGUUCUUUGUGUGGAGGAAAAGCAAUGUUAAGGGCUGAUAUAUUAUUUGAUGUUUUGUUUUACUCUCUUUUCUACAGGCAUGCUCUAAUGAGGUUGUGUCACGGUGACACAGACACAAAACGAAGCCUUGUGUUUAAUGUGUUACUCCAUCCCAGAAUGAACAUUUUGUCUUUAGACACUUACCUUGUUUUUCCAAACUCGUAAAAGCUCCGUUCGUCUAUAUUUUGGAUGAAAACCGGCAGGCUUGUGACUACCCCAUUGACCGCCAAGUAAAAUACACCGUCAAGGAAAAGUAUGAAAGACAUCAUCAGAAUAGUCUGCCAUCAGUGGUUCAACCGUGACAUUAUGAAGCAACGAGAAUACUUUUUGUACGUAAAAACAAAAAACAAAAAAACAUUUGUCUCCUCCACGUCUCUCCGCAUCACCAUUGCAUGAUUUUGGAGAAUAUCCGCUGAACGCAAACUGUGUAAGCUAUUCUGUGUCCGCUGUAUUCUUGUUGCUUCAUAACCUUACAGUUGAACCACUGAUGGCAGAUGGACUAUUCUGACAAUGUCUUUCAUAUUUUUCUGGACCUUCACAGUGUAA